UUGAAGCCCAUAUACAUGUAGCCCCCUUAAGUCUCUACAAUGUGAAGACCUACGGUGGUUCCUCGUUGUGGUGCUCUUACCUCCUCCCCAUCUCAGUCUCCGCCCACAAAAAGCAUGUUAACCUCACAAUCUUCAUCAGUCCACCACCCGAUCCUCCACCACUCUUCCCUCCUCCACUCCAAAACCUUAACCCUCCCCCUCACCCCACCAUCCUCUGUAAAAUUCCAACCAAACCCAAAAUCUCUGCCUCAUCUUCGCAUUAACAACUACAACACCAACCUUGUCGGCCUCAAAAGUUGCCCCAGCAGCAUUGUGGUCAUGAGAAAAUCGCCGAAAGUGGAGGAACAGAAGUUCAGCCAAGAAGGAUCGAUCACGGAGUCGCUCUCCAACGGUAUGUUUCGAAUCGAACUGGACAACGCAGACACCGUCAUAGGAUACAUAUCUGGGAAAAUCCGACAGAAUUCCAUCAGGAUUUUGCCUGGGGACAGAGUCAGGGUUGAAGUCAGCCGUUAUGAUACCACUAGAGGUCGUAUUGUUCGUAGAAUUGACAAAGACGAUGAGGACAAGAAAAAGAAAAAGACUUGGGCAAAAAAAGACUUGAAAAAGAAGAAGUCUUAUUGAAGAAUUGAAUGGAAUUAGAGGGGAUGUUGUCACAUUUUGUUGGGAUUUAGUGUGUGCUGUGAAUUAUGAUUUUCACUGAUUCGGAUUCUGCCGUGUAGUCGUUUUGGUGAAGAAUUGGAUGUUAUAUUUGUAUUACCAUUGUUAUGGUCUAUAUGAUACUCUGAAUGGGCAACUAAGGUUAUGGUAAAACUUAUCACUAUAUCAAUUUUUCCUCUUUAAUUCUGGACUUUUAGCUGAAUCUCGAGUUAUUUUGCUCGAGGGAAUUUACGUCAAACAUAAUUUCUAUC